ACAAAACAGAGUAGAUAAAAAGGUAACCAACAAGAAGGAGCUGAAUAAAUGAAAGAAAUUCAAUACAAAUAAUAUUCCUAAAUUAACAUAAAAAAGGAUAUAUAUAUAUAUAUAUAUUUUGGUGAAGUACCAAACGGGUCUUUCACGUUCUUAAAAGAUAACAUAAUUUAGUGGUAGUGUGGUUGGUGGCUUGGUACCAAAGCCUAAACCUGAUGCUGUAAAGCAGGCAUAUUCUGGCACCUGCAUUAAUAUUUUUGUCUUUGCGUUCAUGGAGAUUCACAAUUCAUCAAAAAAAGUCAUCACCCUCCGUCCAUUCAAGCUAACGGAUGCAGAUGAUAUGCUGUCAUUCGCAGGCGAUGAUCAAGUUACUAGAAACCUUCGAUGGAAGACUUUGACAUCAAAAGAUGAGGCUUUGACUUUCAUCAAAGAUGUUUGUAUACCCCACCCUUGGAGGCGUUCGAUAUGCAUCGAUGACCGUUCGAUCGGGUUCAUCUCUGUGUUCCAAGGAUCAGGUGAGGACAGGUGCAGAGCAGAUGUAGGAUAUGGUCUAGCCGUGAAGUACUGGGGACAAGGGAUAGUCACACAGGCAAUGAAGAUUGCAGUUCCUCAAGUGUUCAAGGACUUGCCAGAAAUAGUAAGGUUGCAAGCUCAUACAGAUGUAGAAAAUAAAGCUUCUCAAAGGGUAUUAGAGAAAGUUGGGUUCGAAAGGGAGGGACUACUUCGUAAAUAUACCAUUCGCAAGGGUUCAUUAAGAGAUUUAGUUAUUUACAGUUUUUUAUCCACAGAUUUGCCUUCUAUCAAAAGGACGAUCUCUCUGUAAAUAGUUUAUUUAAUUUUUUAUUAUUGGAUAAAAAAAGAAAAAUAAAAUAAAAUGCCAAAAAAUGAUUACUCAUAA